UUCAAAAUCUUGAGCAUCACAUGAGGAUCCACACUGGAGAGAAGCCGUUCACAUGUGAUCAGUGCGGGAAGAGAUUCACACAAACAUCAAAUCUUAAGAAACACAUGAUGAUCCACACCGGAGAGAAGCCGCAUGCAUGUGAUCAAUGUGGGAAGAGUUUCAGCCGAUCAGAACACCUUAAUGGACACAUGAAAAUCCACACCGGAGAGAAGCCGUUUACAUGUGAUCAGUGUGGGAAAACAUUAAACCUCAAGUCAAUAAACCUGAAGAGACACAUGACAGUUCAUACGAAGGAGAAGCCACAUUCAUGUUCUGUGUGUGGAAAGAGUUUCUCACUGCUGCAAAGUUUACAAACACAUGAGAAAAUACAUACUGGUGUGAGAGAGUACAUGUGCUUUGAGUGUGAGAAGACUUUCAUUUCAGCUGGACAAUUAAAACUGCACCAGAGCAUUCACACUGGAGAAAAACCUUACAUGUGUUCAGAUUGUGGCAAGAGAUUCAGUCAAUCAUCAGAUCUGAAAAGACAUGAGAGGAUCCACAGACAGAGUUUACUUGGUUUAGUGUCUGAUUUUGUGUCAUAACACACGACACAUUUAAAGUUAAAAAAAAUUAAAGGGGUGGUUCAGUGUUUUUUUUUUUUUCUAGGCUUGAUUG